AUGCUCCGGGGCUCCACCGUCCACGCAGGCUGCCAUGCUGCGGGCAAAGCAGAACUCAAGGACCGCAGGGUGAGGUCCGCUUUUUAUCAUGAACGCUGGGCUCCAGCCUACAUCACGACACUGCGCUGGACGGGCUCGGUCCUUUCAAAGCAAGUGGAGAACGGGGGCUUAACGCAGAAGGGAGGGGCCAGUGCAGGUGAGCCCGGGGUGAUGGCCACUCGGGCCGCCCCAGGCCCCGACAGCGAGGACGUGCUGCCUGUGGUGGCUCUCCGGUGUCCCGUGUCCCCCCUCACGGUCGAGGGGUGUAGUGAGUACCCAUGGUUCCAGACACCAGCCUCACCCGGGCGAGACGGGAUCCGGACUGGCUCUGGGGGCUGCGAGCAGCCAACUCGAGAGUGCACAGGCAGGAGGAGCCCAGAUGGCCCUCGGCACCCAGAGCCCUCGGCGGAGCAGCGUCUGUGCGCCUGA